AACAUUGCGCGCUUCUCAAUGUAAGUAUGUUUUGUUCGACAUAAAAAGAGUUAUUAUAACAUUAUAAAUAAUAAAAAAAAAACUAAAAAAUAAUAUUAUUAUUUAUAAAUAUAUUUAUUUAUAUAAUUAAAUAAAUAAAUAUAUUUAUUUAUUCAUAAAAAACAGCAACAUUAGAUAAGAGUGUGUGACAAGUCAUCGUCGGCGCCAUUAUUAUUAUUCAUUUUAUUAUUACGACAGAUUCAUUUUUUUCAAUAUAUAAUUUAUCAUUAAAAAUUAACCGGAUAAUUAAAAAUAAAAAUUAAUUACAUAUUAGUCUAUUAAUAAAUAAUAUUCCAGGUUUUGUGUGUCAAUUAAACUCGGCACUGCUCGGCACACGGUUUGUAUUUAUGUAAAUAUAUAAAAAAAAAAAAAAAAAAAUUGCCAUAUUGAUACAUACAUACAAACAAAGUAUAUACAUUGAUUGUAUUGUAAUAUGUAUUUUGGAUAUAUUACUAGCAGUCCUGUAAUAAAUAAUAUAAAACCAACAAGUCGAGGCCGUGUUGUGCCAGUUGUUUUAAAACAAACUCCAAAAAAGUAAUAGUUGAGAAGAUAAGCUGCUAGGAUAUUAUUGAGCUUGUGAUUUUAUUUUUCCAGUCAAUGUGCUGACUGAAGAUGCUCAUCAAAGAAUUCCGUGUCACUCUACCCUUGACGGUUGAAGAGUACCAAGUAGGUCAACUCUUCUCCGUUGCUGAGGCUAGUAAAAAUAAUACUGGUGGUGGUGAAGGUAUUGAAGUUUUAAAAAACGAACCAUUUACAAAUUUUCCAUUACUUGGUGGUAAAUAUUCAUCUGGUCAAUAUACAUACAAGAUUUAUCAUCUUGCUAGUAAAGUACCAGCAUUUAUACGUCUACUAUUACCAAAAAAUUCAUUAGAAGUACAUGAAGAAGCAUGGAAUGCAUAUCCAUAUUGCAAGACAAUGAUAACCAAUCCUGGAUAUAUGAAGGAUAAUUUUGUUAUAACAAUUGAAUCAUUUCAUACUGCUGAUACUGGUACUCAACCAAAUGUACAUGAAUUAUCUGCUGAUAAACUUAAAUCACGAGAAGUAAUAUAUAUAGAUAUUGCAAAUGAUUCAAUAACAAAUGCUGAUUAUAAAGAAGAUGAAGAUCCAACAUUAUUUAAAUCUAAAAAAACUGGUAGAGGUCCACUUGUUGGUAAAGAUUGGAAAAAUAAUGUAACACCAGUUAUGACAUGUUAUAAAUUAGUAACAUGUGAAUUUAAAUGGUUUGGUUUACAAACAAGAGUUGAAAAUUUUAUUCAAAAAUCAGAAAGACGUUUAUUUACUAAUUUUCAUCGGCAAGUUUUUUGCUGGAUGGAUCGUUGGCAUGGAUUAACUAUGGAAGAUAUUAGAGCACUUGAAGAUAAUACAAAAGAAGAACUUGAUAGGCAACGACAUGAAGGUGAGGUUCGAGGAAUGCAAGCUGAUGAUUAAAAUUUCAUCAUAGCAUCUAGAUACCUGUUGAAAAUUGUGUUAAAAAUACAUUUAAUUCCCUAUCCUUUACAUCACACCUCUAGAAAACGUCAACAAAUGAAAAAAUAUUAAUUAAAUAAAAAUGUAAACUUCAACAUUAGUCAUUUAUGAAUUGAUGAAAAAAAAAAAAAAGUUAA